AUGACAGACGACAACAUACUUGAUGGUCUCCGAAUCGCCAAGCAAUACAACGUUGCCACGGCCUGCGUCAAGCCCUACCUCAUUCCCUUGGCGAAGAAAGAGCUUGAAGGCAGCGACGUGUUGAUCUGCCCGGUUAUCGGGUUCCCUCAUGGAAACAGCACCACAGAGGUCAAGAUAUUUGAGGCAGAGGGCGCUGCCCACGAUGGUGGCAAGGAGAUCGACAUGGUCGUCAAUAUUGGCAAGGUCCUGGGCGGCGACUGGGAGUACGUUUCCGAAGAAAUCCGGCAGAUCAACAACGCGGUCACCAAGCACGGCGCAAUUCUCAAAGUCAUCUUUGAGAACGAUUACUUGGAGGAGAAACACAUCAUUCGGCUCUGCGAGAUCUGCUCGGAAAUUGGUGUCGGCUUUGUCAAGACUUCGACGGGAUAUGGCUUCGUCAAGCAGUCCAACGGGAUGUACACCUACGCCGGAGCAACUGUACCGCAUCUGAAGCUCAUGAGAGAGCACACCAAGCCGGAAGUCCAGAUCAAGGCGGCUGGGGGUGUUCGGACGUUGGAUGAUUUGCUCCAUGUCAUGUCGCUGGGCGUGACCCGCAUUGGAGCGACGGCGACAGUUGCGAUCAUGGAAGCCGCAGUUGCGAGGGGAAUCACUGAUGAACCCACGACUGUCGAAUUCAAACCGAUCAGUAGCACUGCGACUGGAGGCUACUAA